CAUAACUGUACCUGCCUGUCACAUCUCUUCAUGCAACGGUAACACAAGUCGUCCAGAGCCUCCAAACCGCAAGCCAUGGGAAAACAGAUCGACGGCGCUUACGUCGAGUGGCCAGAGACCGCGGAGGUCGCGUCGCGGGUCCAAGAUCGCGCAGUCGAGGAACUGCUCGACCUGUGGGAGCAUGGUAAAACAAAGACGGGGUUCCCGCCAUUGUGGGGAGAUGAAGUCGAAUACGCCAUUGUGCGACUCGACUGUGCGGAGAAGAGAGCGGGACUGUCGUCUGAGCAGGCGGCUGUCUUGCGGAGGCUCAAGGCGGCCAGCGAGUCGGGCAGCUCAAAGGAGAGUGAUCAUCGAUGUCUGGACGAUCUCAAACGGGGCAAACACGCAGGCUACACUCCCGAGUUUGCCAGGUACAUGGUGGAGUCGGAGCCUGAGAAGCCGUACGGAAUCUCGGCACGCUCUCUUCUCAGCGUUGAACGGAGCAUGGCUGAAAGACGCAUUGCUAUCAGGAGACAGCUCGAUAUCAACGAGUAUCCUUUCACACUUUCUAUCUUUCCGCGCCUAGGUGCCGACGGAACCGGCGAGAUAGCGCUCGAAGCGUUGACCAACAACAGUCUCAUCAGCCCCGAAGGUCGCUACCAGGCUGCCGGGAUCAAUGUCAAAGCACGACGUGGAACGGAAUCGAACAAUGUUUCCGUUCCAUUGUUCCAAGAUGCGUACAGCUCUCGGUUCCCGGAAGCUCUGUCACCUUCCACCGACCCGGAGCAGAGGCGUGUGGCACUUGACAGCAUGGUCUUCGGUCCCGGCCACUGCGGCUUCCAAGUCACUUUCCAAGGGAGUGACGAAAAAGAGGCACGUAUCCUCCAUGAUCAACUCGUCCCCUUGGGGCCGAUCAUGCUGGCGCUUACGGCUGCCACGCCUAUUUACAAGGGCUUCCUCGUUGACACCGACGCCCGCUGGAACCAGAUCUCUCAGGUUGUCGACGACCGCUCACAGCAUGAGCGUCAGCAGUCUAGAGGUCAACGUCACCCUUCGUGGUUUGCGUGCCAAACAUACAUCGCCCAAGACGAGCGGUUGAGUCCAUCGUACCAACGCGCCGACCUGCCCAUCCACGAGACCGCCAAAGCACGUCUCGAGGCUGCAGGCAUGGACACUCUCCUCGCGCGGCACUACUCGCACAUCCUCGUGCGGGACCCCGUCAUUAUCUCGCGCAACACAGCCGAGUCCGCCCUCUCUGACAACCCGCAAAUCGCCACGCACGAGCACUUUGAAAGCCUCGAAGGCACCGUCUGGCCACACGUCCGCUUCAAGCUGCCCCCAAUCGACAACGCGGGCAUUGGCUGGCGCGUCGAGUUCCGCUCCAUGGAAACGCAGUUCACAGACUUUGAAAACGCGGCUUUCGCCAUCUUCAUGAUUCUGCUGCGUCUCGCCAUCCCGCGCUACAACCUUAAUAUGUAUGCACCCAUCGACAAAGUCCAGGAAAACAUGGACCGCGCGCACGCUCGCGACGCCGUCAAUCAGCAGACGUUCUGGUGGCGUUUGGAUGACCCUAAUGGCACCACUGCAAGCACCGACCAAGAUGCCCCGCCCGUCGAGCUCUCCCUCGACGCCAUCGUCAACGGCUCCCCGCAGAACACUGGCCUUCUUCCCCUCGCUGAGCAGCACCUCCACAGCGCCGCCUUCACCCCCGCUGACCGCGCCCGCAUCGCCCCUUACUUGGAGCUGGUGCGCCGCCGUGCCAGCGGCGAGUUCUGGACCGCGGCGCGCUGGAUGCGCGAGACGGUGCGCGCGCACCCGUCGUAUGCGGGCGACGGGGUCGUGAGCGAGCACGUGUGCUUUGAGCUGAUGGAGAGGGUUGUGAGGAUGGUGGAGGGGGACAGGGCGGAGAGAAUGUUCACUGCGGGGGUUGGAGAGGGGGUGGCUGAAGGGGAGAGAGCCCCGCCGCCGGAGGCUAGACUGUGAUGUCAAGUGAUGCGAGGGAGUUUGGUGGGGUUGUUGAGGUGGGGUGGAGCCAUUCAACUGGCUGAGGGUGGAGUUUAGUGUUAUGGGGGAGGUGGAGUCGUUCUCUUAGAUGGAUGGAGUAGAAUGUAGAUUCGACCACUCGUGUGAAUACUGGAUGACUUGUUCGUUUACAAUGAGCCAAUUUCCUGUGUUUUUUUUGGCAUGGGUUUGUGUAUCCUGCGUAGAUGAAGGUCGUGGAAGCUAGGUGAUCACAUGCG